GAGUAAACGAGUUAUAUUGCAAAACGUUUUGCAACAGAAUCGACGUAAUUAUUACACCCAGAGAGUAACCCAGUUUCCGCUGAGCUGUUGUAAAAUCACAGCUGGUUCAGCAUCCACCACAACAACACACUGCUUAGCAGAAAAGCGAAUUUAGAUUUUCUCCUCUGAUUUGGAACACCUAAACAGGUACGCUGGAAUUUUCUGACACCCACUCGGACAUGUCCUAUGUCUUCAUUAACGACUCGUCGCAGACCUCCGUUCCCCUGCUGCAGGCCUGCAUUGACGGGGACCUGCCUUUCGCCAAGCGGCUACUGGAGACGGGCUGUGACCCAAACAUACGGGACAACCGGGGUCGUACGGGCCUGCACCUAGCGGCCGCCAGGGGGAACGUGGACAUCUGUUGGUUCCUCCAUAAGUUUGGGGCGGACCUCCUGGCGACAGACUACCAGGGUAACACGGCCCUGCACCUCUGUGGACACGUGGAUACCAUCCAGUUCCUGGUGUCCAACGGUCUCAAGAUAGACAUCUGUAACCACAACGGGUCGACUCCCCUAGUACUGGCCAAGAGGCGCGGGGUGAACAGGGACGCUAUCCGUCUGCUGGAGGGCCUGGAGGAGCAGGAAGUGAAAGGAUUCAACAGAGGAGCCCACUCCAAACUGGAGACCAUGCAGAUGGCUGAGAGCGAGAGUGCGAUGGAGAGCCACUCCCUGCUCAACCCCAACCUCCAGAACAGUGAGGGGGUUCUGUCCAGUUUCAGGACCACCUGGCAGGAGUUUGUAGAGGACCUGGGCUUCUGGAGGGUGCUGCUACUACUGGUGGUUAUCGCCCUGCUCUCCCUGGGCAUCGCUUACUACGUCAGCGGGGUGCUGCCCUUCUCCGCCAGCCAACUGGAGCUGGUACACUGAGGACGGAGAGAGGGAUGGUCGGAACUGGGACACAGAUGGAGGAAGGAGGGGAGUAAAAAAAAAGAGGACAAGAAUGGAAGGUUUGGGGGGACAUGCAAGGAAGCACUGGGGUUUAGAUUGGAAAGGGGUGGGUGGAUGUUUUAGCUUUUAGAUCCACUCGCACACACAUACACACUCACACAAUUCCAGCAAAACAUUCCCUUUCCAACCUUAGAGACGACUCUUACCUUAACAAUCCAGCCCAUUCUAGCAGAGGGCAGAGUAAUGCUUAUUCUCGUGUGAUGUCAUUGUGAUUGACAUGACUAGCCAGGGCUUGUUGUCCAUAUGUGAUGGUUAAGUGGCUUUUCCCCAGCUGGGCCACGUCCCAAUUAUCUCUCAUUUCUCCUAACGUGUGCACUUGUUAACUUCCCUUAACUAAUUUGAAAGGAUAUGGCUGGUAUAUGAAAUAUGGCUAAAACUCCCACCCAUGCCUCCACCAAUCCAAUGCUUUUAGAUUGGUGAGAAGGUGUGAACGAGUGUACACUUCAGGAGCAAGGAGAUAUUACUGGGCAGCACCCCGGAAGUCUGCAUUUCCUGCAUUUUGUACUGUAUAUGUGUUCUAUAAUAUUUGCUUUUAACAUUCUCAACAUGGCCCGUUAUGAAUGAGAAUCCACAUAAUUUCAUGUGUUAGUAAUCCCUAUGACAAAAUAAAUGACUAAAUCAACCAAA